AUGGCAGAAGCGAAAUUUUGUCUUCGAAUGUGGGAAAGUAACGUUGAUGAUUUUCUUGAACAGCUAGUAGUUACUAACGUAUUGGGAAUGAAGUGGAAUCGAAGGUCUGACACCUUGUCAUGUUUUCUAAACGUUAAAGGAGUUGAAAAAGCUACCACUAAACGAAUUAUUUUGGCCGAAGUAGCUAAAAUAUUUGAUCCGCUUGGAAUAUUAGCUCCUGUGACGUUAGUACCAAAGUUACUACUUCAGGAAACCUGGAAUUCAAAACUUGGUUGGGAUGAAUCUGUGUCAUCCGAAGUGUCGAGAAAAUUCCUUAAAUGGAAACAUGAUAUUGCGUUACUCAAUUUAUUAGAAAUUCCUCGUUGGGCUUGCAGAGGCAACAAACAAAGUUGGACUCUUCAUACAUUUUGUGACGCAAGUAAAAGUGGAUAUGCUGCCACAGUUUUUCUUCGAAGUGAAAUCAACGGUACAGGAAUGGUACAGCUAUUGAUGGCCAAAUCCAGAGUUGCUCCUUUAAAGGAUAUAACCAUUAAUAGGUUGGAAUUGAUUUCUUGCGAAAUUGGUAGUAGACUGUGUCAGACUGUAGAAAAUUCAUUAAAGUUGGAUGAUGUUAAUCGUUACUUCUGGACAGAUUCUACUACGGCAUUGUCUUGGAUAAAACGUAACGAUAAUUGGGGAACCUUCGUAGGAAAUAGGGUGAAAAAGAUCCUUUCAAACACUGAACCAGAGGAAUGGCGACAUGUUCCUGGGUCCUUGAAUCCUGCGGAUUUGCCUUCUCGUGGGUGUGAUGCUCGUUCAUUAUUGGAGUCAAAGUGGUGGGAGGGACCAGCUUGGCUUAAAGAUGUUGAACAAUGGCCCAUCAAUAAAUAUGUCGAAAAUGAAGAUGAAGUUCAACAAGAGAGGAAGAGGAUGGUUACGGCGUUUAAUGCGGUGAUGAAGGAUGAGAUUCCUUGGUAUUUUCCUACGAAGUUUCUCACAGUUGAAGAACUUAGAGUUGCAGAGCAGAAAUUAUUGUUUAUGGUUCAGAAAGAAGUGUUUACAGAUAAAAAUAAGUCAUUUCCGUUUAAUGUGGAGAAAGAUACUAGUGGUCUAUUAAGAGUUAAAACACGGAUAACAAUGAGGAAGGAUUCUGAUUAUUUUGUUCGACCUAUUCUGCUUCCUUCAAGACAUCCUGUUGUUGAUGCGCUUAUUCAUGAGGAACAUUUAGAUAAGUGUCACGCAGGAGUUCAAUACCUCGUGUCCCACUUAAGAGAGAAGGUUUGGAUCUUAAAAGGUAGAAAAGCAAUACAACAUGUGAUUCGCAAUUGCGUGAAGUGUAGACGUUUUCGAAGAAAAGCGCCAGAUCCAAUCAUGGCACCAUUGCCAGAGAAUCGUGUUAGAGAUGCUCAUCCCUUUGAAAUCAUAGGAAUUGACUACGCUGGUCCUAUGUAUCUAAAAGACGGCAGUAAAGUUUGUGUAGCUCUAUAUACGUGUGCUGUUUAUCGUGCAGUACACUUAGAAUUGGUGACAAAUCUAACCACUGAAGCAUUCUUAAUGAGUUUAAGAAGAUUUGUCGCAAGAAAUGGUCGACCAUCUGUGAUUUAUACAGACAACGGAACCAACUUCGUUGGAGCUAAUAGACUUCUUGCUGGACUUGAGUGGGGUAGGAUUGAAAAGGAAACAUCUGUUCAAAAAAUUAAAUGGAUACUGAAUCCUCCUUCUGCUCCUUGGUACGGUGGUUGGUUUGAGCGUUUAGUGAGGACAAUGAAAGAAUUGCUUGUACGUGUACUUGGUUCGUCGAUUUUGAAUUAUGAAGAACUGGUUACUGUCCUUUGUGAUGUUCAAGGUGUUAUAAAUGGAAGACCCUUAACUUACGUAUUUGAAAAUGAUGACUUACUGCCAUUGACGCCCUCUAUGUUUCUACAGGGAGUUCGUGAAGUUGGAGUGCCAGAUAUUGAUAUGCUGGAUAACAAAGGGUUCCAGAAAAGAUACAGGUUGCGUCAACGACUUAUGAAUGAUCUUCGUCAUCGUUUUCGAAAAGAAUAUAUUGGAAUGUUAAUUGAUAAGAAGCGUAAGACAAAUGAUAUCACGUUGAAGGUUGGUGACGUAGUCCUAGUUGGGUCGGAUAAUAAAAAGCGGUUAGCGUGGCCUAUCGGUCGAAUAACAGAAAUGAUUCGUGGUCGCGAUGGUAUUUGUAGAGUUGCAAAACUGAAAACGUCACGAGGUGUGUUCAUCCGACCAGUCCAACGCUUGUAUCCAAUGGAGGAAUCAAGUGAAGACGUAGAAGAAUUGGAUGCAAAAAAUAAAUGUAAAUUAAAGUUGAAAACUGAAGAUGUUGGUGAAUCACAGGUAUUAUCGAAAGCUGGUCGAGUUAUUAGAAAACCAGAUAGGUUAAAUUAUGAGAAUUAG